GCCGGGGGGCGGCGCGGGGCGCAGCGCCGAGCGUGUGCCCGACGGACGGCUCCCGGCGGGGCGGACAGGAAUAGUUAUCUGCUUAGUCUCAUCCUUCAUAUUUGGCAAUCUGAGGAAAAGGUCUGAGCCAGCAUGAAGACAGGAUCUCCUCUUCAUUAGAGAAAAACUUUCUGCCUGACGCAGUUCAUUUCAAGGAGUGCACGAUGACAGAGCGUGGAAUUAAAUGGGCUUGUGAGUAUUGUACGUAUGAAAACUGGCCAUCUGCAAUCAAAUGUACCAUGUGCCGUGCCCAGAGGCCUAGUGGAACAAUUAUCACAGAAGAUCCAUUUAAAAGUGGUUCAAGUGAUAUUGGUCGAGACUGGGAUCCUACAAGUACUGAAGGUGGGAGUAGUCCUUUGAUAUGUCCGGAUUCCAGUGCAAGACCAAGGGUUAAAUCAUCCUACAGUAUGGAAAGUGCAAAUAAAUGGUCGUGCCACAUGUGCACGUACUUGAACUGGCCAAGAGCGAUAAGAUGUACUCAGUGCUUGUCUCAGCGUAGGACCCGGAGUCCCACAGAGUCUCCUCAGUCUUCAGGGUCUGGUUCGAGACCAGUUCCUUUUUCUGUCGAUCCGUGCGAGGAAUACAAUGACAGAAAUAAACUGAACACAAGGGCUCAGCACUGGACUUGUUCUGUUUGUACAUAUGAAAACUGGGCAAAGGCCAGGAAAUGCGUUGUGUGUGAUCAUCCCAGACCUAACAACAUAGAAGCAAUAGAACUGGCAGACACUGAAGAGGCUUCUUCAAUCAUAAAUGAGCAAGACAGAGCUCGGUGGAGGGGAAGCUGUAGUAGUGGUAAUAGCCAAAGAAGAUCCCCACCUACAACCAAACGUGAGUCGGAUGUGAAAAUGGACUUCCAAAGAAUCGAGUUGGCUGGAGCUGUUGGCAGCAAGGAGGAACUCGAAGUUGACUUCAAAAAACUAAAGCAAAUAAAAAACAGGAUGAAAAAGACUGACUGGCUGUUUCUAAACGCUUGUGUCGGAGUUGUAGAAGGUGACUUAGCUGCUGUUGAGGCCUACAAGUCAUCAGGAGGAGAUAUUGCCCGCCAGCUCAGUGCUGAUGAAGUACGCCUGCUGAAUCGCCCGUCUGCUUUUGAUGUGGGGUACACACUUGUACAUCUGGCAAUCCGCUUCCAGAGACAAGACAUGCUAGCAAUUCUGCUUACAGAGGUGUCACAACAUGCAGCAAAGUGCAUUCCUGCCAUGGUGUGUCCAGAGGUCACGGAACAAAUCCGUCGUGAGAUUGCUGCAUCUCUUCAUCAGCGGAAAGGAGACUUUGCUUGCUAUUUUCUGACUGACCUUGUCACGUUCACGUUACCUGCAGAUAUUGAAGACCUACCGCCCACAGUCCAAGAAAAGCUAUUUGAUGAAGUACUUGAUAGAGAUGUUCAGAAAGAGCUCGAAGAGGAAUCUCCUAUUAUCAACUGGUCACUGGAAUUGGGUACACGCUUGGACAGCAGAUUAUAUGCACUUUGGAAUCGGACUGCAGGGGACUGCCUGCUCGAUUCAGUCCUGCAAGCCACUUGGGGCAUUUAUGACAAGGAUUCAGUGCUGCGGAAAGCCCUUCACGACAGUUUACAUGACUGCUCACAUUGGUUCUACACGCGCUGGAAAGACUGGGAAUCGUGGUAUUCCCAAAGCUUUGGUUUACAUUUCUCAUUGCGAGAGGAGCAGUGGCAGGAAGAUUGGGCAUUCAUACUCUCUCUUGCAAGCCAGCCUGGAGCAAGUUUGGAGCAGACACACAUUUUUGUACUUGCACAUAUUCUUAGAAGACCAAUCAUAGUUUAUGGAGUAAAAUAUUAUAAGAGUUUCCGAGGAGAAACGUUAGGAUACACCCGCUUCCAAGGUGUGUAUCUGCCUUUGUUAUGGGAACAGAGUUUUUGUUGGAAAAGUCCUAUUGCUCUGGGCUACACGAGGGGCCAUUUCUCUGCUCUGGUUGCCAUGGAGAACGAUGGGUAUGGCAAUCGAGGUGCUGGUGCUAACUUGAACACUGACGACGACGUUACUGUUACGUUUCUACCCUUGGUGGAUAGCGAGAGGAAAUUAUUGCACAUUCACUUCCUUUCUGCUCAAGAGAUAGGUAACGAGGAGCAGCAAGAGAAGCUGCUUCGGGAGUGGCUGGACUGCUGUGUGACGGAAGGAGGCGUCCUGGUGGCCAUGCAGAAGAGCUCUCGCAGGCGCAACCAUCCUCUGGUCACCCAGAUGGUGGAGAAGUGGCUCGAUCGCUACCGGCAGAUCCGCCCUUGUACUUCCCUUUCUGAUGGCGAGGAAGACGAGGAUGAUGAUGAUGAGUGAUGGGUGAAUUUGGAAAAGCAAAUUACCAGCACGUAGUGUCUGACCUGGAGUUAGCGUUGUGCUGUAGCUGUUUGUUGUGGAGCAACCUAAUUCUAGAAGAAACAUGCUGCAAAGGAUUGUUCUAACCAGCAUGGGGAGAGUCUAGAAGCUCAUCUGCUGCGUGGAGAGCGCUGAAUGGGCUGGACUACAGUUUGUAUAAAACAAAAGAGAAACAAAACACCUAAUUUUAUUAUCAAGACAGAAAAAAAAAAAAAAAACCAAACCAACAAACACUUUUCUUUCUGAUUGUAAAUCUGUCUAUAAAUGUACCGCAUGUGGUUGUGUAAGAGAUUGUGUAAUAGGAGAAGUAUACCAGCAUCUUAAUUAUUGCAAAGAAAUUUUUCAGAUAAGGGCACUUACAAAGCACACGUUAGGUGGAUCUCUCUUCCCUCUGAGAUUCUUUACAGUAGAACCUGGCAUUCUACGUCACCUUUAGCUACUCUGACAUGUGAAAGGCCCUUUCAUGUCAAAGCUCACUGGUGCCCGGGUCAGAUGGUGAGGUUUUUUUGUUUGCACAAGAUAUCCACAGCAAGUCAUAAACAAAACCACGUUCAUUUUACUCAUAGUUCAGUUACUGCCGUGCCCACAAAUAAAACCUGAACUCUGUGGAACAAACUGGAAGAGAAACUAAAUUUUUCAUGGAGUGAAAUGAUUUGUUUCCUGAAAAAGUCUUAUUGCUUUUUUUUUUUUCCCCCCUCCUUUCAUAGUUAGAUUCCUUUCAAUAUACUUAAUGAUAUUUAUUCAGAGAUGUGACCUGAAGCAUAGGGAUUUGAUUCCAGUACGUAUCUACUAAAUGGAAUUGUGUGAAUCUGAGGACUCGAGAUGUGAUUGGGAGUUUUACGUUGUCUGAGCUCCCUUCUUGCUGUGAUACAAACUCUGUACUGCUCCAUCAUUUCUUCUUUCAUCAACUCAAACGUUGCUGCAAAUGAAAAAACGUCUGUUUCAAGGGUUGCUCCUGGGGUCGUUCAAUCCAGUGAGAAUCCACUCAGCAGUUCUGAUUAAAACAGAGGAAUCUGUGCUGAAGUUGUUUCCAAAAGCACUGUGUUAUAUAUUUCUCAGUAUGUAACCCUGGGAAUUUCUUGCAUGUCGGUUGAUGUGGCCAUACUUAAACCUAUGUAAGUUCCUAAGACUGUAAGUUCAGAGUAUAUUCUCCAGUAGAAAUUUUAUUAUAUUUGAUAACUUUAGCCAUGUAACCUGUAAUGGAUAAAGUUUAUCUAAAAAGCUCACGUAAA